AUGAAGCAAACAAAAGGGCUCGAGGGAGACAAGAUGUCCAUCAUAAAAUUUGAAUUUAACCCCAAAGUUGGGAUCGACAACCCUGCCUUGACACUGACUGAGGACACGGACGGCGAGGGCGUGGGGGAGCCCCGCUUCUACCUCCUGACCAAGGAGAACACAGAGACCUUCGGCUUCUGCCUGCAUGAGGAGCUGGUCUGCCCUGGCCAUGUCAUCCGGCAGAUUGAGAUGGGGGGGGUGGCCCAGCGCAGGGGGCUGCAGGACGGGGACCGGCUGCUCCAGGUCAAUGGCCACUUCGUGGACCACAUGGACCACCUCAGGGUGGUGCAGAAGAUCAAGGCCAGCGGGAACCAGGUCCUGCUGGCGGUGCUGGACGGUGACUCCUACGAAGCAGCCAAAUCCCUGGGCAGGGACCUGUCCCAGAUGCUGCCGGGUGACAUCCGCCCGCGCCUCUGCCACAUCACCAGGGACAAAUGCGGCUUUGGCUUCACUGUGUCGUGUCCAGAAGGCACCAAGGGCACCUUCCAGCUGUCGGUGCUGCAGGACGGGCCAGCCGACAGAGCAGGGGUGCCACCGGGCUCCUGGCUGCUGGAGCUGAACGGGGAAAGUGUGAAGAGCUACUCCCACACUCAGCUCACCAAAAAGCUGAAGCAGAGCGGCAACAAGGUGACGCUGCUGGUGGCAUCCAGCGCCGUGGAGGAGUUCUAUCGCCUGCGGGGCCUGCGGGUCACGGCUGCCUUGGCAGACACCUCCAGGCUGCCCUUCAAGGUCCGGGAGCUGCACCUGGUGAAGGGUCCUGCUGGCUACGGGUUCCUGCUCAAGGAGGAUGACUGCAGCUCGGGAGGAGUAGGCCAGUUCCUGUGGGAUGUGGAUGCGGGGCUGCCGGCUGAGCAGGCAGGGAUGAAGGAAGGGGACCGUGUGCUGGCAGUGAACGGAGAGAGCAUCGAGGGGUUGGACCACGAGCAGACCGUGGACAGGAUCCGCGCCCGGGAGAACCAGGUGACACUGCUGGUCAUCGACCCUGCUGCUGAUGAGUUCUACCACUCGAUUGGGCUGUCCCCCCUGCAGUUCUUUGAGGACAGUGACGCUGCCUCAGGCUCCUGCACGCCCUCCCUGCCCUCUCGGAGUGGCUCCCCUGUGCUGUGUGACGUUGAGGUGGGACCCAAGGGACCUGUGUCCUGGCUGAUGGCUGCUGCCAACAGUAUAGAGAUCAUACAGAGCCAGCGCCAGGAGGAACAGACGAAGCUGUGCCAGGCAUUCUAACAGCCCGGGAGCCUCUGGACAGGCUCUCCCACACAGCACCUCCACCCUGGCCACGUCCGGCCCCUCGGGCCUCAGCACUGCUCAGCAUGGAUCCUUCACAUACAGCUCCUGUGUCUCCAUGCCUGGCUCACAGCAUGACACUCCCAGGGACUUGUCUCUGCUCACCGAGGCUGGCUCAGAGCUUUUACCAACCACAAUGGCAGCUCCUUGCAACCUGACCACAGAACUGUGUCUUUGC